UCAGCCCUGGAAGGAGAGCACCAUGUCCCUGAGCAGUGCCUUCAGAGCUGUGGGCAACGAGCCCGGGAUCAUCACCUGGAGAAUAGAGAAAAUGGAGCUGGCACUGGUGCCCCUGAGUGCCCAUGGCAACUUCUAUGAGGGGGACUGCUACGUCGUCCUCUCGACCCGGAGAGCGGGCAGUAUCCUCUCCCAGGACAUCCACUUCUGGAUUGGGAAGGACUCCUCUCAGGACGAGCAGAGCUGCGCAGCCAUCUACACCACCCAGCUGGAUGACUACCUGGGAGGCAGCCCUGUGCAGCACCGAGAGGUCCAGUACCAUGAGUCUGACACCUUCCGAGGCUACUUCAGGCAGGGCAUCGUCUACAAGAAGGGGGGUGUGGCCUCUGGGAUGAAGCACGUGGAGACCAACACCUAUGCUGUGAAGCGGCUGUUACAUGUGAAGGGGAGGAGAAACGUCAGGGCCACAGAGGUGGAGAUGAGCUGGGACAGUUUUAACCGAGGUGAUGUCUUCUUGCUGGACCUGGGGAUGGUCCUCAUCCAGUGGAAUGGCCCAGAGAGCAACAGCAGGGAGCGUCUGAAGGCUAUGCUUCUGGCAAAGGAUAUUCGGGACAGAGAGCGAGGGGGCCGUGCUGAGAUAGGUGUGAUUGAGGGUGACAAGGAGGCAGAGAGCCCUGGGCUGAUGAAGGUCCUUCAGGACACCCUCGGCCGACGCUCCAUUAUCAAGCCUGCAGUCCCUGAUGAGGUCAUAGAUCAGCGGCAGAAAUCAAACAUCACAUUGUACCACGUGUCAGACUCAUCUGGGCAGCUGGCAGUCACAGAGGUAGCAGGGAGACCUCUGGUCCAGGACUUACUGAACCGCGAUGACUGCUACAUCCUGGACCAAGGUGGAACCAAGAUCUAUGUGUGGAAAGGAAAAGGAGCCACGAAGGUUGAGAGGCAGGCGGCUAUGUCUAAAGCCCUGGGCUUCAUCAAGAUGAAGGGCUACCCCAGCAGCACCAACGUGGAGACGGUCAACGAUGGUGCUGAGUCAGCUAUGUUCAAGCAGCUGUUCCAGAAGUGGUCAGUGAAGGACCAGAGCACGGGCCUGGGGAAAACAUUCACCAUUGGAAAAAUUGCCAAAGUUUUCCAGGAUAAGUUUGAUGUGAGUCUGCUGCACACCAAGCCAGAGGUAGCCGCCCAGGAAAGAAUGGUGGAUGAUGGCAAUGGGAAAGUUGAGGUCUGGAGAAUAGAGAACCUAGAGCUGGUCCCUGUGGAGCGUAAGUGGUAUGGCUUCUUCUACGGGGGAGACUGCUAUCUGGUCCUCUACACGUAUGAGGUGACCGGGAAGCUGCGUUACGUCCUGUACAUCUGGCAGGGCCGCCACGCCUCCCAGGAUGAGCUGGCAGCCUCGGCAUACCAGGCCGUGGAAGUGGAUGGGCAGUUUGGGGGGGCCGCCGUGCAGGUCCGGGUCAGCAUGGGGAAGGAGCCACGCCAUUUCAUGGCCAUCUUCAAGGGGAAGCUGGUUAUCUUUGAGGGUGGGACUUCCAGGAAAGGAAAUGCCGAGCCAGACCCUCCAGUAAGACUUUUCCAGAUUCAAGGAAAUGACAAAUCUAACACCAAAGCAGUGGAGGUUCCAGCCUUUGCCUCCUCCCUGAACUCCAAUGACGUUUUUCUGCUGCAGACUCAGGCAGAGCACUACCUGUGGUAUGGCAAGGGCUGUAGUGGGGACGAACGGGAAAUGGCUAAAGAGCUGGCUGGGUUUCUCUGUGACCACACCGAGAACACUGUGGCUGAGGGCCAGGAGCCAGCCGAGUUCUGGAACCUGCUGGGAGGGAAGACUCCCUAUGCCAAUGAUAAAAGGCUACAGCAGGAAAUCCUAGAUGUCCAGUCCCGUCUCUUUGAAUGUUCCAAUAAGACUGGCCGGUUCAUUGUCACUGAGAUCACGGACUUCACCCAGGACGACCUGAAUCCAGGUGAUGUGAUGCUCCUAGAUACUUGGGACCAGGUGUUCUUGUGGAUUGGGGCAGAGGCCAACGCCACAGAGAAGGAGCGGGCUCUUGCCACAGCCCAGGAGUACCUGCACACUCACCCCAGCGGCCGAGACAUGGACACACCAAUCCUGAUCAUUAAACAGGGGUUUGAGCCUCCCAUCUUCACGGGCUGGUUCCUAGCCUGGGAUCCUCACAUAUGGAGCGCAGGAAAAUCAUAUGAACAAUUAAAAGAAGAGCUUGGAGAUACUGCUGCUAUCAUGCAGAUCACUGCUGACAUGAAGAAUGCCACCCUCUCCCUGAAUCCUGACAGUGAGCCAAAAUAUUACCCCAUAGAAGUUCUGUUGAAAAACCAGAAUCAGGAGCUGCCUGAGGAUGUGAACCCUGCCAAAAAGGAGAAUCACCUCUCUGAACAGGACUUUGUGUCUGUGUUUGGCAUCACCAGAGGGCAAUUUGCUGCUCUGCCUGGCUGGAAACAGCUCCAACUGAAGAAAGAAAAGGGGCUUUUCUAAGGCAAGAAGGCACACGCCCAUUGCAAGAUAGCACACAGUGCCGUAUCAAGAAAGAACUGACCUGCCAACUUCUGCCCGCCAUUCAGCUACUGCAUUUAGAUAGUGAUCUGCAAAUCAUGGCAUGUUCUCCCAUUUUUCCCAUCCUUGCACUCCUUGGUCGUUACAUACUUAAAAUGUCAACCACCUGCAUUUUGGUCUUUGUGGACUUCUACCUAAAGCCUCAAAAGAAAGCACUAAAACUGCACAAAUGUGGAGAAGUUUAAAGACAGACAACCAAAACACCAAGAUGAAAUGUUUAAUAUUGUGCCACGACCUACAUUUGUUUUAGAUUUUAAGACUAGUACUUCUAAAACCUAUUUAACUGCAAAUCACUGAAAUCACAUACAUACCCCAAGGUCAAAAUCCAAAUGCCCACAUCUGUUAUGUGCCAUAGCAUUUUUAACUUUUCAAAUAAAGGUACCUAUAAUGAACAAA